AAUGACUUCUGAAUUGUUUGCAAUAGUAAAAUGGCUAAAUGACGAAGACAAGGGAACAUACACUGUUGGUGUACCAACACAAUGGAUAAUACAAUUCGAUUAUCAAGAAUAUUGCAUGAAUAGCUGUGAUGCUGAUGAAAGUUAUGUAGUCGAGUGGCGUCAAGGCAAGAAGCCAGCUGGUGGAUGGUUGUGCUAUGAUGCCGUGGUCACAGAUGUUUCUAAAAGUAUAGCUGCGCUCGAAAAAAAAUUUAAGAAUAAUUAUAAAUGCAUAAAAUCACCAAGAUUGGGAGGCUGCUCAGGAAAUCAAAAGUCGUUCAUGGAUGGAUCAGCAGCAGGUUCUACUUCCAACUUUACAAAUGCAACGAGUAUCACAACUGAUAAAAAUGCUAACAAAAAAACAAGCUUAAAAAGACCGCAUUCUAAUAAGGAUGAUGAUAAUGAUAUUGAACGAACCCCUUUGAAUAACUCAUCACCAGUAAGACCUAGAAAUUUAUUCGGAUCAAAUAAUGGUGAGAAUGACAUUGUUAUUCAACUAUUAACCGAGAUGAGAAACAUGCAAGAGAACAUGAGGAACAUUAGGCCGAUACCAAGAGCUGCUGAAAUAAGCGAACUUCUCACAAGUAAAGUCGAUUAUCUAGAAAAAGAAUGUAAAAACACAAAAAUUACGAUCGCCGGACUCGAUUUCUCCACCAAUGACCAUAUAACU